AUGUUCGUUAUCGGCUAUGAUUUCGAAGAUAUGCCACCGAAUUCGCAAACGUUUCUUCGACAGCGUACCGUGUAUAUGCCAAUCGAUCGUUCGUCUGGUGCUUCACACGGCACAACAAAUGCGUCCUCCACGAUCACAUACACAUCUCAACCACAACCUGACAAGCCCUCUAACAGGGAUACUACACAUCUUGUUCCUCCGGUCUCAUCAAUACCCACGGGAGGGGAUCGCCGUUCAGCCCCAGAACUCUUCUGGCACGAUCAAGGUCAGCGUGGGUCGGCCGAUCCACAGAACAAAAUGGGAACGACCAACGGCACGAACGUCUCUGAACCAGAUCACUCUCAAACAUUGGCCGAUGACAUUUCAACCGACGGGACUGGGGAUUUGUCCUCCUCCUGCUCCUGUUCUUCGCUUCGUUCGACCACCUCGUCCAUGUGCUCGUUAGCCUCCAGUUCGAACGAGCACUCACAUCCGCCGCCACCACCACAUUCGCAUCAUUCCUCCGGCGCGGUGAAGCCCACAGACGGACUGGUGAGCCGCCCUAGUGAUUCUCAGCAUCAACCGGCCUUCUUACGAUACUUGGUGCAUUUACGGUUUCAUACAACCCGUUCCGGACGUCUGUACUUGCACACGGAUUUGCGUCUGAUUUUCGCGCGUGACAAAUUUGAAUUCGAUCCGCGUGUGGCCACCUACGAGUUACGCUCGUUUGUCGACGCGCCGUCCAAUCCGCGCUAUUCACCGAAGAAAUAA